AUGGAUGAACAGAGCGCCGCGCCUGCGUCGUCGUCGCCGUCGCCGUCGCCAUCCAAGGCCGUGUCAUGCAAGGAGUGUCGGCGGCUCAAGCUGCGCUGCUCGCGCGUGUGGCCGUGCGACAACUGCCAGCGGCGCAGCGUGGCCCACCUCUGCCCGCAUCGGACCUCGGCCUACCAGCGGAGACCGCGCCAGCGAGGGCGGCCGAGCUUGAGCUUGAACGAGGCGUCAAUCGUGACCGAGGCGGCGCAGGGCCUCGCCAGCCUCUCGGAGCGGUACGGCGAGGACGCAGGCGCAGGAUGGGCAGAAGGACGCAGACAGCAGCUGGGAGGUAGGCAGGAUGGAGCAGGCGAGGGCCAGUACGUGGGGUCGAGCGCAUACAGCGUCUACUACAUGCCCGACUCGGGCGAGGAAGAACCACUGCAUCCGCGGCGGCCCAUCGGCACCGGCCAGUCGACAAUGCAGGACGCCGAUGAAGAUCACGACGACGACGCCCUCUUUCGCACGCUCGCGGUGCCGGGACAGGGGCCGACGCGGGACGAGGAGCAGGUGCUCGAGGCGGUGCGAGCGCGUCUGCCGCCCAGGGCAGUCGCAGUGCGGUGCCUGCAGGUCUACGUGGGCCACGUCUCGUGGAUGUACAGCCCAAUCGCCAUCGACGAGCUCGUGGCCGAGGCCUGGGAUCCCUUCUAUGGCGGCACUCCAGGGGCUAGCCUCACCCGUGCCGCCCUCCUCCUUGUUGUACUUGCUCUGGGACGGCACUUUGACAGCGACGUGGCCGAGUCGGACGGCCUGGGUCGCGACUUUGUCCGCCUCGCCUGGCACGCAUCGCACAUGACGAUGCCGCGCCGCUACUCGCUCACGGCCAUGCAGACGACGCUCCUCCUCGGCCUCUUUGUCAUGAACACCGACGGGGGCAUGCACACCGAGGACUUCUACCCGCUCAUGGGCGCCGCCGUGCGCCGGGCCAUCGGCUAUGGCCUCCACCGCGCCUCGGCCGAGCGGCGCUGCGACGAGGCCGAGAAGCAGCGCCGCCGCGUGCUCUUCUGGGAGCUCUACUCGUCGGAUGCCUACCGUGGCUUGGCCUACUGCCGGCCGACCAACAUUCAGGGCGGCACCGUCGACGUCGCGCUGCCUGCGUCGUUACCGGUGUACUUCGUUGCCAAGCACAGGCUGGCGAUGAUCAUCAACCGCGCCCUGGCCGAGGUGCUGUGCCAGCCGAGCCCGCGCUACGACGAGGCGCUGCGCUUCGACGCGGAGCUGCGGCAGCUGCUCGCAUCGCUGCCCCGGCUCACCAAGUUUGCACCUUACGGGCUCGGAGACAUUGUCGCACGCGACGCAGCCACGCACCCGCACGACCUGCACACCUACCUGCAGGCCCACACGCUGCACAUCAACGUGCACCAGGCACUUCUGCACCUGCACCGGCCCUGGCUUGCUCGCGCGAUCCAGGCGCCAGGCGACCCGCUCGCUUCAACCCACGUCCACUCCGUCGUCGCCGUCGGCGAGAGCAGCCGGGCGCUCAUCGGCCUGGGCGGCGAUGUAUGCGAGACGCUGCCCGUGCUCGCGCGCCGCUGGGGCUACUUCUGGGUCCAUGUCUUUGACGUCGCCAUCUGCCAGGCCGUCCACGCGGCCCUCAAGCCGGCGACAAUGGCUGGCUCGAGCGCCUACCUCGACGUGCAGCGUGCCCUCGACGUCGUCGCCUCAGUCCGCCCACACCUCUCGGCCCACUGGGCGGCGCGCUUCAAGGUCAUCGAGGAUCUGCGCAACGUGGCGCGGGACCGCAUCGAGGGCACCUCCUCGGCUUCCACUUCGGGUGCAUCCUCGGGCGGCCCCUCGUCGGUCGCGGUCGGUCAUGGUCCGCUCAGCGAGGACAACGCCCUCAGGCUGCUGGGCGCUGAGCCGCAGGACGCUGCAGCAACGACGGCGGCGACGCUAGGAGCAGCACAAGCAUCGACAGGAGCACCAGCACCAGCAACAGCAGCAGCAACCACACCAGCAGCACAGACGACGGCCAGCUACGUGCAGCCUGCCGAUCUCCUCAGCGGCUUCUCGACACUCCAGGGCGACUUUCUCAGCGAGCACGACGGCCUCUCGGACCUCCUCUCCCAGUUCCUGGGCCACAGCGACCUCGACGGGCUCCUUGCCGAGCCCUGACUCUCUUUGCACCUCUGUACUCUAAUAGUGUCUGGC